UGUGUUUUCAAUUCGAUUCCGUUAGGUGUUAAAAUAACAAAAAUUAUAGCAAAACGGCUAUCAGCUUCAUAACAAAAUAAGAUAGCAUAUAGCAAGGGUAACAACCUUUGUUAGAAACAACAUUCUUCGAUAGAGACGAAAUAUUUGUUAGACUUGUUCCGAAACAACUUCAUUUCACGAUUUUUUAUUCUAUCUCAUGCAGAUUCAUUUUUAUUAUCAAAAGCAUAUGAGAAAACACAAAAUCGAAGCAAAACAUGUUAUUUGUAUCUCAGGCAGAAAAAUGAUUGAUAUUUUUUAGUUAUGCUCUUCUGAGCGGGAAACUAUCGUAAUUCAACGUCAACCAUGCAGUUUUGUCUUGAACACCAACAUUUUUUACCAUAUUUAGACUUCGAAGCCAACUGUUAAGAUUGAAACGGGACGUGGUCGCGAUCAACUCGAAUUUUGCAAUCUAAUUUUUACUUGAUUUAUGAAGACUACGUACAUGAAACUUUGAUCAAUUGUUUUCACAACUGUUGCAUGCCUGAAGUAGCAAUUUUAAUGCUGUUUAUUUAGUGGAAGCCGAAUUUUUUACGCUCAAACUACAAAAGUAAAAAGAACUCCAACCUCAAAAUUGUAUAGGAAAAGACCACAAUCCCGUUUCACUUUAAACAAACAAAGCUAGUAGGUACUAUGAUCCUACUUGCAAUAUCAGUCUCUCACGCGCCAGAAUUGGAACAAAACACGACGACCUUGUUCGCAUGGUAGUUAAAUGAAAAGCACAAUAACAGACUAAGAACGAAACCAAAUAUUUUUGUAUUAGUUUGUUGCCUGUGGUAAUUAAUGUACACUUAAUUAAGACCUAAAAAGUCAGAUGACGAACAAAUAUAAAUAUAGAGAUUCGAGAUAAAGCUGCACAACUAUUGUUUCAAAACUAUGAGUCACCACAGUUACGAUUCCGGAAACGAGACAAAAUGAUGUUUUACGGUCGACGCAUGUUAAGGAAAAUGAAAUCGAUAUCUGGUCAAGCAUAUGGAGUACAAGGCAAAAAACGGAAAGCCGUAAUGCGCUUCGCAAAACGAUUACUGCACAUUCGAAGAGAUAUUGAUCCGAUUCAGCUUCAGGUAGUAGAGCCCCCGGCCGAAUACUUGGAGGAAGCUGCCGAGGGUAAUGAUAAAGUUCCUCCUGAUGCACUUUAUAUGUUACAAAGUAUUCGAAUCUUCGGUCAUUUCGAAAAACCGGUGUUCCUAAAAUUAUGCAAACAUACUGAAAUAAGAAACUUAAUCUCCGGUGAAUCACUAAUUAAAGUAGGAGACAACGACGAUAGUGUUUUUAUUGUGCAAUAUGGCCAGAUAAACGUGUUUUUAAAUAAUCCGGAUGGUAGUUCGAUUGCUCUUAAGGUUGUUAGGAAGGGAGAAUCUGUGACGUCUUUGUUGAGUUUUAUUGAUGUGCUUGUGGGUAACAUCAGCCAAUACAAAACCGUCACAGCAAGAGCCAUGGAGGAUUCUCAAGUCAUUCGCCUGCCCAUGUAUGCGUUCAAAGAAGUGUUUAAUGAAAGUCCAGAUUUACUAAUCCGAGUGAUACAAGUUAUUAUGAUCCGUUUGCAACGAGUAACCAUCACUGCAUUGCACAAUUAUCUUGGUCUUAGUACUGAAUAUAUUCAAUGUUCAUCACAGCGCAAAAAAGUCGUCGUUCCGAUGAAAAAUAGCCCUGGCCAUCGUCGAGUACCAUCGGAUGUACAAGUUCCUUCGCAUUCACUGGUUGGCCAAGCAUCAAAUAAUGAAACCAAACCAGAUAUGCUUGCGGAUUUAGCUGAUCACAUCGGAAGUCGACGUACUUCGGCUCUUCCGAGUGAACCGAUGGAAGAUACUGUGAUGAAAUCGAUUGCUAUUGAAGGUUUUCUGAAGGAGCUGGGCCUGCAGGAUGCAGAUAGGCCUUUCAUUGAGGAAAACAUUGUUCUAAAAGAAAUUGCACCAGGUACCACACUUACGCACCAAGGUCGCAGUGAUGAUGUGCUCCUAAUUUUUGUUAUUAGUGGCGGAUUGACAAUAGCACAGUAUCCCCAGAUUAAUAUGGGUUGCAAUAAAAAGUUAGACAAGUCUGAAAACCAUACUGUAGCUAUUCAUCCAGGUGAUGUUGUUGGAGGCCUAGCAGUGCUAACAGGCGAAAGUAGUUUAUACACAAUUAAAGCAAAGCACUAUUCAAGGGUUGGACUUCUCAGCAAAGAAAUAAUCUAUAGUAUUAUGCGCGAACGCCCCGGUGUAGUCUUAGAUAUUGCAGACAGUGUAGUUAAGCGACUGUCACCUUUAGUACGCCAAUGCGAUUUUGCGUUAGACUGGAAUUUUCUUGAAUCGGGACGAGCGGUUUAUCGCCAGGACGAGAAUAGUGACUGCACCUACAUUGUGCUGAACGGUCGUCUCCGUUCAGUUAUUACCCAUUCGAACGGCAAAAAAGAAAUCGUUGGCGAAUAUGGCAAAGGUGACUUAAUCGGCAUAGUGGAGAUGAUUACUGAAACACCACGCACAACCACUGUAAUGGCUGUUCGAGAUUCUGAGCUAGCCAAGCUACCAGAAGGCCUAUUCAAUGCUAUAAAGUUUAAGUAUCCAAUUGUGGUAACUCAAUUAAUAAGCUUACUUAGUCACCGAAUACUAGGAUCUAUGCAAUCUGCUUCAAUCAAAGGAAGUUCAUUGACAGCCGUUCCAUUUGAUACGAAUCAGCAAAUCCAACAUCGGUAUUCAACUGUAGCCAUUGUUGGAAUAAGCGAAGAUGUACCACUAACCGCGUUCACAUACGAGUUAUAUCACUCGUUAUGCGCUAUCGGGUCCACCUUACGACUUACGUCCGAGGUUAUACGUAAAACAUUAGGACCUCAAAUAAUGGAGCAAUCUAAUGAAUAUAGAUUAACCAGCUGGCUUGGUCAACAAGAAGAUCGUCACAACAUUGCACUGUAUCAGUGUGAUCAAACAUUUGGUCCAUGGACUCAACGAUGCUUGCGACAGGCUGAUGUAAUAAUCAUUGUGGGACUGGGCGACCGUCCACCUACCAUUGGAAAAAUCGAAAAAGAAAUAGAUAGACUGGCAAUCCGAACAGCUAAGGAACUGGUCCUUCUACAUCGUGAGGGUUCGACUCGACCUAGCAAUACUACCAGCUGGUUGAACAUGCGGGCAUGGGUAUCGCAACAUCACCAUAUUCAAUGUCCGAGGCGCAUGUUCACUAGGAGAAGUCAAUAUCGAAUUAAUGAUUUAUACAGUAAAGUUCUUAUGUCUGAGCCAAAUAUUCACUCUGACUUUUCGAGGCUGGCUCGAUGGCUGACUGGAAAUUCUGUUGGAUUAGUGCUUGGUGGCGGAGGAGCGCGCGGUGCAGCGCAUGUUGGUAUGCUAAGAGCUAUCCAAGAAGCUGGCAUUCCAAUCGAUAUGGUUGGAGGAGUUAGUAUUGGAGCUUUCAUGGGGGCUCUAUGGUGUUCAGAGAAAAACAUCACUACUGUUACACAGAAAGCUCGUGAAUGGUGCAAGAAAAUGACCCAAUGGGGUCGGCAGCUACUCGACCUUACAUAUCCUAUCACCUCCAUGUUCUCUGGAAGAGAUUUCAACCAGACGAUUCACGGAACUUUUGGUGAUGUAUGCAUCGAAGACUUGUGGAUUCCGUACUUCACACUUACCACCGAUAUAUCUGCCAGCUGUGCACGUACUCAUACUCACGGCUCUCUUUGGCGCUAUGUUCGUUCAUCAAUGUCACUUAGCGGAUAUAUGCCACCGUUGUGUGAUCCAAAAGAUGGACAUUUGCUGCUGGAUGGCGGUUAUGUCAAUAACCUACCAGUUUUAUGUACAGAUGGUGAAUACAGGAUUAGAGGAACCUCGGGCAAGACGGCCACCCUAUAGCAAAUGCCGCGGAGC